AUGUCUCCCAUAUAUCUCGAAGAGAAGCUGAAUAUCAACCGCGUGGCUGUCAUCGGGGCCGGCCCUUGUGGUCUCUCUGCGGCGAAAUAUCUCGCUGCUGAGCAUAAAUUCUCACAAAUCGACGUCUUCGAACAACGAGCGUCCGUCGGAGGUGUAUGGAACUAUACGCCUCUGAACGUGGUCGACAAUGAGUUCACAGUCCCGCGGACUCAGCCUACAAAAUUGCCAGACACGGCAGUGUGGACCAAUGAUGACCCUGAGGCACAAUUCGUCUCGCCCGUCUACGACUUCCUAGAGACGAACAUCCCUUGGCACUUGAUGAACUACAGUGAUCAGAAAUUCCCCGAGGGGUCGUCGUUAUUUCCGAAGCAUGCGGUGGUCAAGCAAUACCUCGAAGACUACGCUCGCGAAGUAAAGCCGAUGCUUUCUCUUGGCACGCAGGUUCUAGGCAUUCAGAAAGUCCAGAGCGGGACGCAGAUGUGCUGGGAAGUCGAAGUUUUGGAGCUGAAGAGCAACCAGAAAAGGACGUCGGAGUUUGAUGCGGUCCUCGUUGCUAGCGGUCAUUACAACGACCCUUUCAUCCCCGACAUCAAGGGGCUGGCAGAAUUCAACCGAUUACAUCCGGGGUGCAUAUCUCACUCGAAGUUCUACCGGCGUCCAGACCAGUACCGAGGCAAGAAAGUGGUGAUCGUGGGCAAUUCGGCAUCUGGUAUCGAUCUGAGUAUGCAGAUUGCCAGCGUAUGCCAAAAGCCUAUCAUCGUGUCGGAAAAGACGGCGCCGGUCACUGCGGUUGAGAAGCGCUCAUGGGCCAAGAUGGUGCCAGAGAUAUCCGAGUUCCUACCAUCCGAGCGCGCAGUCAGGUUCAACGAAGGCGACAUCGAAAAGGACAUUGAUGCUGUGGUCUUCUGCACGGGUUAUUUCUACUCGUUCCCAUAUUUGAAAUCUCUAAACCCACCUGUCAUCACAGACGGCUCCUACGCGAGACAUCUGUACGAACACGUCCUUUACAUCGAUGAUCCGACGCUGGCAUUCUUGGGUAUACCCCAGCGAGUCGUGCCGUUCCCCAUGUCCGAGGCGCAAGCUGGGUUCGUGGCGAGAACCUGGGCAGACAGGCUGCCGUUGCCGUCUCACUCGCAUAUGGUAGAAUGGGAAGCGAGGAUGUUGGAAGAGAAAGGCGAAGGCAGGUUCUUGCAUAACCUUGCCUUCCCAAAGGACGUCGAGUAUAUCAACCGGCUCCACGAUGCCAGCCUGUCUGCGAAGAAGAUCGACGGCUUGGAGAACAAUGGAGUGGGUAAGACACCACCCUAUUGGGGAGCUGAUAAGACAUGGGUUCGUGAGAAUUUCCCGCUGAUCAAGAUCGCAUCGAGAGCUUUGGGGGAGAAACGACAUGAGGUGAAGAGCCUUGAAGAUCUGGGGUUUGAUUACAAUGCGUGGAAGGUAGCCAUGGAGGCAGAUGACAAGCUGAUUUAG